AUGUCCUCCAACGUCGGCCUCUCCACUCCCCGCGGCAGCGGUACAUCAGGCUACGUCCAACGCAACGGCGCCUUCCUGAAACCCCGCGCCGCAGGCUUCGGCGCACCCUACCCACCCGUCUCCGGUGCGAACAGCGCCUCCGACCGCGCCUUCAAACAACGCCUCCCAGACAAGCAAAUCCUGGAGCAUGAUCGCCGCCGCGCAAUCGAGGUAACCGUCAUGGAAGAGCGCGAGCGCCUCGAAGAAGAGAAUGAGCGCAUCGAAGAAGCCCUGUCCAAGUCUAAGGGCAAGAGCGCCGCUAAGAAGGCUACUAAGCCUGUUGAGGAUAAGGAGGAUGGCGAGGAGGUUGAGGAGGGUGAGCGCGUGCUUAGCGAGGAGGAGAUUGAUGAGCGGUGCGAGGUGUUGAGGCAGCGACUUGUGAAGGAGAUGGAGGCUGAGACGGAGGGUGGUGUCGGUGGAGCUGCGCGGGGGAAGAAGGUCUUGCCGAAGGAUCGGAGGCAGCUUAAGUCUUACCAGGUGCAUGAGCUUGCGGAGGCGAAGAUUCAGGAGAGUGAGAGGUUGCGCAGGGCGUUGGGGCUUAAAGAGGAUCGGGAGACUGGGGAGAUUAGUAGUCGGCGGUUUGAGAGGCGACGGGAUUGA